CCCCUCUACCUUGUGUGUUACAGGUGGGAGACUGGAUUAGGAUUAAGACCAGGAGCUGACACGGGGAAUAGAGUCCCAACAAAACAAAAACAAACAACAACAAAAAGAAGGAAAAAGACACCAGGUAAUUGCCGUGAUCAGUGCAAACACGAUCAAAGUAGACGGUGAUAUAACGGUAGACGUUGCACAACUUAAAAAGGUAUGUCCACCAGAGUAGUUAAUCCAGAGUGGCUGCACAUGUCGACCUGCAGGUCAGGAAUACAGGUGAGACGCUCAGAUGACGCAGUAUGGAUAACCACUCAUCUAAGACACGAACAACUGGCGAAAGCAGGAGUGGUAGUUCGGGGGAAUACCAGGGCUGUGUGGCACAAAAGCAGGUGCACAGAUUCAGGACAGAAAGGUUAUAUGAACAUAGCCCCAUGUGAGGUAUGCGGAGAACCCACAGGGGAGGUGCAGUAUGAAGGCCCGGCCAAGAUGAGCAUAAGGCAGAUAGCCACAGGAAGUGACUGUGGUAAGAGAGGUGGUAGGCAAAGAGUAAGAAGGGUUCUCUGGUGCAAGAGAUGUGAUAGGGACGUAUUUCCAAACUGCAUGGUAGGAGUACAGGAAGUGACAUCAGAGAGAUGUGAUAGGGACGUAUUUCCAAACUGCAUGGUAGGAGUACAGGAAGUGACAUCAGAGAGAUGUGAUAGGGACGUAUUUCCAAACUGCAUGGUAGGAGUACAGGUAGUGACAUCAGAGAGAUGUGAUAGGGACGUAUUUCCAAACUGCAUGGUAGGAGUACAGGUAGUGACAUCAGAGAGAUGUGAUAGGGACGUAUUUCCAAACUGCAUGGUAGGAGUACAGGUAAGUGACAUCAGGAUGGGAGCCGAAGCAGUGCACAUGUGUAUGGACACACAGAGGUGUGUUGGUCCAGAAGAACUGUGGAGUGCAGACCUCAGAAACUGAGAGGGGGGAAUGACCUGUUAAGAGGUAGCUUACUCACUCCUGUGAGAAGGGAGGAAGGCCUAUGGCCUGUGGAAGCAGGGCCCUUCAGAUUGGCUGGAGGAAUAAGUACCUACAAAAAUUGUGAACAGUGGCUGGAAGAAAGGAAAAGUGACCCAGUCCCAGUGACAGGAUAUGGAACACAACCAGGAGAACCAGAAUGUUGGAUGAGGGUAGACGGGAAUUUUUCCCUAUGGAACCCUAGGACUUACCUAAGUCAGAUGUUGACAAACAGACAUGACUGGGAACAAGAUGAUGAAUAUGAAUUAGACAAUAACCAUGAGAGAAACGACCACCAUGGGGUAAUGAGAAGAUGCUGGUGGGAAGGAACAUGUAAGCCAGUGAGAGAAUAUCACUGGGGCAGGUUAAUGAGGAAAGAGAAGACAAUGUGCUGUGUCUCCAAGCUUAUGGCCAUAGAGGAUACAGAACCGGUAAGGGGUGACAAAAGAGAAAGGCACAUGGUGAAAUUGGGCUGGCAAAUAUACAUUGCCCAGGACCCCAAAACCAAAUUGGACUGUGUAUACUCGUGCCACAUGUUGGUGGACAGGAAAGCAGCUCCUGGAGAGGGAAGAGGUAGAAAAGAAGCUGCUCUACCUGAUCCACAAGGAAAAAUGAGAAGGUUGAUUAACCUAAUAAAAAGAAAACUAACCUCAGACACACGAGACCUUGGAGAGGGCACAUCUAGACAAAGGGACACAGGCCAUACUAGGUCCGCCAUUUGUAAAAAAAUAAAUAAAUAAAGAAGGAAACAAAACUUACUAGAAUGUCUCCCUCUGUUUCCACAGGGAAAUGAGGCUGGGAGAAUAUAGAACCAGGCAUAGGGAAUGCAAGGUGGGAUGGUUCUGGUGGGUAAGUAUCCUUUCCACCAUAAUAUUAGUACCCACCACCAUAAUAAUAGGACUAAACCUAGGGAUAGUGUAUGAAAAACAAGAGAGAGAAUUAGUACAGGGACUAGAGAUACUCCAAGAAAAAUGUGCCAACUCUAUACCAACCUAUAGAGCAUUUACAAAGAGAUGGGGCACACCAGUACAAUGCACCAUAACAAAUGACUCACUGUGUCCAGGACACCCUUCAGUCAAGUUAAAACAGAGAUAUAAUAUUACGAAAUGGGAUCUGACCUGGGACCAUAAUGAUAUCAUAGUGGUGUUGUGGAAAUUAGUGACCAGUAACACACUCCAAGGGUAUAUAGUAAAUAUAACUAAAGGACCAGUACUGGUUAAUCAGACAUGUGAGAAUGGACAAUAUAUGAAUUCAUAUAAAGGUGGCCAGUGGAGGGGACAGCUGGGUGAUGCAGAGAAUAUAACGGAGAUCAAAUUUAUCUAUGAUCAAAGUAUGGCCAGUUCACCUUGGGAAAGUGUUGAGUGCCACAGUUUAACGACUGCUUCCAACACCUCGGCCAGGCCUAGGAGGACGAAACCAACGCGUUGGCCUCGGAUGAGCAAAAAUAGCAUGCCCACAAGUCAUGCAUCAGCAAGUCAUGCAUCAGCAAGUCAUGCAUCAGCAAGUCAUGCAUCAGCAAGUUCAGCAAUAACGACAUCCCGUGAACCAGGCGAAAACAAUAUUAGCACCCUAGAGCGAGCUAAAAGGGUGGUGGCCCCCCUGACCACACUGGCGCACGACAAAACAGAACUUAACCUAACACACCCUGAGGGCCUAAAACAGGGUAUAGAUCAAGGGGGCUUAAAUAUAUUAUGUCUGAAAGAGAAUAGCUACAGGUACCGAGUAAGGCGCAGCACGCAGAGGCGAAUUACAGGACCAAGCCCUGAAGCUAAAUGGUUGAAUGAUAUAGUGUUAUACCUACACCCUGGAAAUUCCUCCUCGUGGGAUAAUAGAAUACUGGGAGGAAGGAAGGGGAUUAUUUUACCAUAUGCAAAAAAUAGGACCUAUAAGUAUCCAGGAUUUACUAGUGGCCCAUUAGAUAGGUUCCACCGGAUGGAAUAUGGAGUGUGGGGACAUGACAUUCCCCACUCCGCCAGGCCAGGAGAAAAAACAAUAAAGUAUUCCACCUCAGGAUGGGUAUGCCUUACGACACAGAAUAAUACAAACCCAGGGUUGGCCUAUCCCAGGUCAACCCCAUGGACAGCAUUAGACCUUAGGAGUUUGAAAGAAAAUUAUCAACAGAGCCUUGAGAUGGCCCAAAGAAUGUGUGCUAAAGCCCCAUUAUGGAACUGGGGACAAGAACCAAAUAACCUGUUCUAUAGGAAAAGAGGGAAUACCGCCCAACAGUAUUAUGACCAAUGGGUUAGACCCCCUGCAAAUAAAACUGAGGCCUGGGCACGAUACCAUUGCAUCUCAGCCCAUGGCAUAUUGAAAGAAUCAGGAAUCCCCCACUUCCAUAGAUGGUCAGGGGGACAUUAUCCUUCACCUGGAAUGCUGGGGGUAGCUCCGGCCUUCUCAGGCAGGAAUGAGAACGCAAACCAAAAAUUGGUAGACAUGGUAAACGCACGGGGCGCUUGCCACUCCAGAGUAUUGGCUGGAGGAGGUAUUUUAAAACAUAUAAGAACACAGGACAAAAUGGAACAUGUGCAUCAAUUUGGAUACAGUUUCCCUCCAAUAGGAAGAUUGAACACUGAUACCCUUAUAUGGAUGCAGGGAUUAAUGCUACAGAAAUGGAAUACAACCAUGGGAAAAAUGAUUACGAAUGCAUUUAUGAUGAAAGAAACGGUCAUUAAAAACUUUGAAGCCAGCACUAGUAUGAAGAGUACCACGGUGUCCAAAACAUUUGACCCAAUAGCAAUGGGAUGGGAUAAACGCCCGUUAGACCCCACUCCGUUAACCGGAGGAUACGUACAAUUAGCAUGCUAUGGAGGCAUUAAAUUCCAUGUAAACCAAGGGGAUAUAGCUGGCACCAGGGAUCAGACCCUUCGAACAGAUCCCUCUCUAGCAGAUUGGGCUAGAUAUACCCUUGAACCCGUGACCGCCCGGUGGCUGAUGGGAGGGUAUAAGGAAUGGGCCAUAAAGCUAAUGUGGCCACAACAGGAAGAACCAUGGGGAGACCUAUGGGGGAAAGGGUCAGACUGGGAUAAGAAUAUGACCCUGACUUGGAAUAUGUCCACGUGUAAACAGUUAUUUGACAAUGGUACAGUAUCAGAAGGGUGCAGUAUAAUUACACAAAACUUAGAACUGUUAAAAACUAUGGGGCAGGAAAACUACUGUAACAUAUUGAAGAGAAGGUUCUGGGACGAAGGAGCAGAUGGCAUAACGUGGUAUCGAGAUGAGGACACCACUAUGAGUAAUGCUUUAGGAGUCAACUGGUUAACUAGAGCAUGGGGAGGUUUUACCACAGGGAUGGCUAAAAUGGCAAAUGAUAUAAUAGUGGAACCUGUAAAUAAGGUGGUCACAGCCAUAAAUGACAAAUGGGAAGAAGUCACUUCAUGGUGUCAAGAAAUAAAAGAAAGAUUCUGGCUAGGGAUAAGUAUUACAGUAGGGAUCUUGAUAUUCAUAACGCUUAUGAUAGCCCUAAGCUACGCCAAAAGAAUGGGACUUCCAGUAGAUGCAGUACUGAGGAAGGGGUGGCUAUCCCUAUUUAAAAUAAUUAAAAUAACCCUUAGACUACUGAGAGAGUUAUUGAAGUUAAUACUAAAACUCUUGUGGAAAAUAUGCAAAGGAGUAAUAAUAUGGACUAUGGUAUACGAGAGAGUACAUCAAAGAUCUCCUGGCCGAUUAGAGCAACGGGAGACAGAGGGAACACGGGUAGACCUACUAGAGGUCACGAACUUGUGACCUGCCGAGAUGGCAACCGCAAACAUACACUGCUCUAAGAAAAGGAAGUAGGUAAUGCAUAACAAGGGGGGCACUGGCUGAAGGUGAAUAAAGGGGAGCUGUUUCUGCACAAU